AUGUACGUGCAAACUUAUUUUAUUGAAAAUAAAUUUAGAGCUCAUGAUUAUUUAACGGUUAUCGGGGAUCUCACCCAACGAACACCACCACAAGUUGCCCCACGAGUAGUAGCAGGACCCUCAAGACUCCAUGGAACUAGAUCACCACCCACUACGUCCUCACCUUUAAUUAUACGACUCGACGAAAAUGACGAAGCCGUAAUCGCCAAAGAAUCCCAAAGACAAAGCUCAAUAUCAACCCGAGAACCAACCGGUUUAGGAGCAGAGGCAGAAAGGUUAAUAACAGAAAUAACCAAUUUAGCCAGAAAUUUAGAAGUAAAUAACUGGGAAACUCAAAUCGUACCUGAGGACCAUCAAGAAACCGACGAACCGCCGCAGCCGCGAGAAGAAAUCGUAUCCAUCCAUCGCCAAGAUAUCAUGAAUCCAACUCCAGAUAAUGCCAAAAUUGUUGAGGCCGACCUAGAAGAGAGCGUAUCCAUCCAUCGUCAAGAUACCACGAAUCCAACUCCAGAUAAUGCCGAAAUUGUUGAGGCCGACCUAGGUAAUAAUAAUUUUAAUUUAAAUAAUUUAUUGAAAGAAGAAAACAUUUUUGAUAACAAUUAUUUGAAUAAUUUAAAUAAAGAGGAAAAGACAAAAGCGGAAUAA